AUGACGACACUAGUAUAUGAAGUUCCAACACAAGAAAAUUUCAUUGGAUCACGAUAUAGAGAGGAGAUUAUAGAACCUCAUAGUGUACCAAUAGAAUUAAGUCAUUUAUUAACAUUUAGUGAAUAUAGAAAUAUUUUAAUGUCAUGUAAAUCAGAAAUAGAUUCAAGAAAAAGAUUUAGAUUUUUUUUGGCUAUACCAAUGAUUGUAAUUGGUAUAAUAUUUGGUAUUCUAUUCGCGACCAAUGUUGCCAGUCAUUUAUUUUUAAUUAUAGGUUUAAUAGUCUGCAUUUGGAAUAAUAAAUUUAGUGAUAAAAUAAAUGAACUCAAUCAUUUCUAUGCAAGUAAAGGUAUUAGAAUUGAAAGGAAAAUUCAUCACUCUAAAGAUAAAGAUAGAAAAACAACCUCUAAAAUAUACAUUUAUUAUUCAAGUCCAACCAUACCAAUGCAUCAUCUACCAAUGUAUCCGGUAUCCCAUCAAAUGCCCCCACUCUUACCACCACAACAACAACAACAAAAACAACAACAAUAUUCAAAUAUUGUAUGUGAUAUUUUAUAUGAUAAACAAGUCGAUAACAUUAUCAAUUCAAACAAUUAUAAUAUAUCAAUAGACCCACAACCACUUUUACAACAAGAAAAAUCAACAGAAAAAACACCAUUAAUUAAAAAUUAA